GCCUCCAGUUUUUGUUUUCUGUCUCUCUAAACAACGAGAAUGGUGGGAACAACAGAGGCAGUGGAUUCAUCAGCCUCCAACAACAAGAAGAACCGUAUCCAAGUCUCCAAUACCCAGAAACCCCUCUUCUUCUACGUUAAUCUUGCCAAGAGGUACAUGCAGCAAUACAAUGAGGUGGAACUCUCAGCGCUUGGAAUGGCUAUUGCUAUUGUUGUUACCAUUGCUGAGAUAUUGAAGAACCAUGGGCUAGCCAUAGAGAAAAUUGAUAUGAGAGAUGAAUCAGGCGGACGAUUGGUGGAGAAAAGUAAUAUUGAAAUACUUCUGAGGAAGUCAGAGAAGUUUGAUGAGUUGAUGGCAGCUGCUGCUGAGGAAGCCUUAGAUAAUGAGUAAAGCUAAGCUAGGAAUAAGAUUGUGAGUUGUGUUACUUUGAU